AUGGAUGCAUCGAAUGUAUUGCCUGACGACGAAAUAGACGAAAUUCUGGGUGCCAUCGCCACACCGACAGAACAGGAAGACGACACCCUGCAAUGGGGCAAUAUAAGUGAGGAGGCUCUGAAUGAAACGUGCGCUGUUGCCGAAGAAGAAAUUGGAGAAACAGAAGAAGUCAGAGAGCCACAUGAGGUAGACGACACCCUGCAAUGGGGCAAUAUUACUGACGAGGCUCUAACUGAAGCGUGUACUGUUGCCGAGGAAGAACUUGAAAAAAAAAAAGAAAUCACACAGCCACAUGAGGUACCAUUAAUAUGGGAAGACAUCGACGAAACAGAAUUAGUAAAUGUUACGGUGGAAGCCGAACAACGUGGAAGUGCCGUCAUGCAUGGAGAUAUGGAAGAAUUACAGUGGGAGACUAUCGAUGCCUCCCAGCUAAUAAACAUAACUGUGGAAGCAGAACAAAAUGUCGGUGAAGAAGAACAGGAAGAACGUGACGUCUUAGAAGAAGAAGAGGUAGAAGAAGAACAGGACGAACCUGACGUCUUUCAAGAGGAAGAAGUAGAAGAAGAACAGGACGAACAUGACGUGUUGGAAAAAGAAGAGGAAGACGAAGUCCAGGACGAACAUGACGUCUUGGAAGAGGAAGAAAUAGAAGAAGAACAGGAUGAACCUGACGUGUUGGAAGAAGAAGAAGUGGAAAUAAGCGAAAACGACAACAUUGAAAUAGGUCCGUUGUCGACAUCGACAACAGCAAGCACAAACGCAUCGUCAGAGGAAAUUCGCAGUAGGAUGGUUCGACAAUUAAGUCCAAAUAGCGACUCUUCCGAAGAAAUCCGAAAACAAAUGGUAGAAAAGUUUAUCAAGCGGCCUUUAAAAAAAAGGAAGUUCGAGUAA